AUGGCCACCAUUUCGGAGUCGGCUGGUCAUACAGCCAAGACCGUCGCUCCUUUUGGGUUAUGGGAGAGCGAAGUCACCAAGGAGGCCGUCUUUCAAGGCACAUCGGCCCUUAGCUCGCCUCGAGUCUGUCGCCGCACUGGCAGGGCCUACUUCACCGAGUCCCGCCCGGACGGCGUGAACUACAUUGUCGAGAUCAAGACCGCCGGGCCUAGCAGCAGCGAUGCCAGCCCCGAGCUCAAGGACGUCCUCCCCGCGGGCUACAACGCCCGUUCUCGCGUCUACGAGUACGGCGGCGGGCCCUACGCCAUCCUCGGUGGUGGCAGUGGCGGCCGUCUGGUCUUCUCCAACAAGGCCGACGACAGCGUCAACGUCCUCGACGCCGACUCGGGCUCCGUCACCAAGCUCGUGCACACCCCAAAGUUGCGGUACGGCGACUUUGACGCGCACCCGCGCGGGGGAGAUGAUGGCCAGCCGUGGGUCCUCGCCGUCGAGGAGGACCACGCCGUCAGCGACGUCCCCGAGAAGGUGCAGAACUAUGUCGUCGCGAUCAACACGCAGACGGGCGAGGUGAAGCGGCUUGCCAGCGGCGCGGACUUGUACAUGUACCCGCGCUUCAGCCUCGACGGGAGCAAGGUGUGCUGGGUGGAGUGGGACUUCCCGGACAUGCCGUGGUCUGGGGUGCGGCUGUUCUGGGCGGACUGGUCGGGCGAGACGGGCAGUCUGUCCAACGUCGAGCAUGUUGCUGGCGAUGCGGAGGCCAGCGCCACGGAGCCUAGAUGGGGUCCAGAUGGGUACCUGUACUACUGCCACGAGACGACGGACUGGAGACAGAUCUAUCGCCGCCGCCCUGGUCAGGCGGAAGCAACGCUGAUUGACAUCAAAGGUUUGGAGGAUGUCGAGUUUGGCAGGCCCACCAUGGCUCUUGCGAACAACUCGUACGAUCUCCUAUCGGACAAGUGCCUCGUGGCAGUGUACAUCAAGAACGGCACCAGCUCCAUCGUUCAGGUCAACCUCGACACUUUCGAGUACAAGGAUGUCUCGGUGCCCCUGGCCGACGUGGAGAGAGAUGGCAUCACGAGAUUCAACGACAACUCGUUCCUGGCGAUCGGGACAGGACACACGACGCCGCAGGCGCUGUACAGCAUCUCCCUAGAAAGCAAUGGCAAGGCCAACAUGACGACCGUCCGCAAAUCUACAACCCAGACGUUCGACUCUGCCGUCUUCUCGGUGCCCGAGCACAUCGAGUUCCAGUCGAAGAAGCAGCCGAGCCGCAAGAUCCACGGCUUCUACUGGCCCCCGCACAAUCCCGGCUUCACCGGCCCCGAGGGGCAGAAACCGCCCUUGAUCGUCCAGUCGCACGGCGGGCCGACGAGCCACACACCACCGGGGCUGAAGCUGGACCUGCAGUACUGGAACACCCGGGGGUACGCCACGUUUGCCAUCAACUACAGCGGCUCGACCGGCCACGGCAAGGCGUACCGCGACUCGCUCAACGCCAACUGGGGCGUGCUGGACGUCGACGACGUCGCCGAGGCGGUGGCCCACCUGGCCGAGAGCGGGCGCACGGACGGGGCCCUGACGACGGGCAUCCGCGGCGGCAGCGCGGGCGGUUACUCUGUCCUGCAGGCCCUGUGCUGCUACCCGGACAUCUUUGCCGGCGGGGUCUGCCUGUACGGCAUCAGCGAGGUCAAGCUGCUGCUGGACGAGACGCACAAGAUGGAGUGCCGCUACGUGGACAACCUCAUGUUCACGGCCGAGAUGGACGCGGAGCAGCGGGCAAAAGUCAUGCACGAUAGGUCGCCCGUGUACCACGCGGGCAACAUCACGGCGCCGCUGCUGAUCCUGCACGGCGACGAGGAUAACGUCGUGCCCAUCUCGCAGGCCUACACGAUGUACGACGACAUCAAGAAGAGGGGCGGCGAGGUCAAGCUGGUCAAGUUUGAAGGCGAGGGCCACGGGUUCCGCAAGGGCGAGAACCUGAUUACGGGACAGACCGAGGAGGAGGAGUGGUGGAAGAAGACCCUGGUCAGGAAGUGA